ACUUACGAGGACCACGUCCGCUCUUCUCGCGGAGGAUCUGUUGUCUUAAGUUUGCGAAUGAUUCGUUGAGCUCUGCACUCACAUAAAUGACCGUUCAACACGCGCGCCUCUCUCAUUUUAUUUACAGAUGACCGUAGCGGCAGCAAUGGCAGGGUCAAAUAUGGUCUUUUCCGAUGUUGAAAGUUUUCUAGACGAGCACCCGGAAUUAUUAGAGGACUAUCUGAACAGAAAAGGCAAGGCAAGUAUGGUGGAAAAGUGGCUGAAGAACCGUCACGCGACUAAAACUCCGGCGAACUCCAGAACGGAAGCGGAGAAAGCGGCGAACGCGUGCAGCAAAGACAGCUGGGCGAGCAGAAGCGACGGGCUGCAGAGACGAGCGUCGCAGAAAGAGCUGCGGAAAACCUUCGCCAGGUCUAAAGCCAUCAACGCCAACAGGACUUACGACGAACACGUUAACUCCAGAGCCCAGGAGCCGCUGACCAGCAUGAGGAGACGCGCGCUGCUGCGUAAAGCCAGCUCUCUGCCGCCAACCACCGCGCACAUCCUCUCCGCGCUGCUGGAGUCCCGGGUCAACAUCCCUCAGUACCCCUCCACCGCCGUAGACUACAAAUACUACCUGAAGGAGCACAACGAGAGGGAGUUCUUCCUGGAGCUCGUCAAAGACAUCUCCAACGACCUGGAUUUGACCAGUCUGAGCUACAAGAUCCUGGUGUUUGUGUGCAUCAUGGUGGAUGCUGACCGCUGCUCCCUGUUCCUGGUGGAGGGACCGGCCAGUAAAAAGACUCUGGUGUCCAAGUUCUUUGACGUUCACGCUGGAACCACAGUGUUGCCCUCUCUCAGUAACUCGGAUGAGGUGCAGGUGCCCUGGGGAAAGGGCAUCAUUGGAUAUGUGGCUGAACAUGGGGAAACUGUCAGCAUUCCCGAUGCAUAUCAGGACCAUCGUUUCAGUGAUGAGAUUGAUAAACUCACCGGAUAUAAAACCAAGUCUCUGCUGUGCAUGCCCAUCCACAACAGUGAUGGAGAUGUCAUCGGGGUCACACAGGCCAUCAACAAGAGUCCCAAUGGAGCACUCUUCACCGACGAUGACGAAAAGGUGUUGCAGAUGUACCUGCCGUUCUGUGGCAUCGCCAUCUCAAACGCCCAGCUCUUCGCUGCCUCCAGGAAAGAGUACGACAGGAGCAGGGCUCUUCUGGAGGUUGUGAACGAUUUGUUCGAGGAGCAGACCGAUUUGGAGAAGAUCGUGAGGAAGAUCAUGCAUCGAGCUCAGACGCUGCUGAAGUGUGAACGCUGCUCCGUCCAGCUGCUGGAGGACAUCGAAUCUCCGGUGGUGAAGUUCACCAAGUCCUUUGAGCUUCUGUCACCCAAGUGCAGCGCCGACAUGGAGAACAGUUUCAAGGACAGCAUGGAAAAAUCGUCCUAUUCUGACUGGCUGAUUAAUAACAGCAUUGCAGAGCUGGUCGCCUCCACUGGGCUUCCUGUGAAUAUCAGCGAUGCCUACCAAGACCCACGCUUCGACGCUGAAGUGCUGUCAUAUCACGCCACUUGCUCAAAGACUGAGGUGGAUAAGUUUAAGCGAACUACCCCCAUGCUCACAAUACACCCUCUGGUGUGUGAACUGGGCAUUGAUAAACUAUCGUUUGACGACUUCUCUCUGGAUGUGGAUGCCAUGGUCACUGCAGCUCUGCGGAUGUUUAUGGAGCUGGGAAUGGUGCAGAAAUUCAAGAUAGACUAUGAGACACUUUGUCGGUGGCUGUUGACCGUGAGGAAGAACUAUCGCAUGGUUCUGUAUCAUAACUGGAGACAUGCAUUCAACGUAUGCCAGUGCAUGUUUUCCAUGCUGACGACGGCCGGCUUCCAGGAGACUCUGACUGAGAUGGAGAUUCUGGCUCUGAUAGUGGGCUGCAUCUGCCAUGAUCUGGACCACAGAGGAACCAACAAUGCUUUCCAGGCCAAGACGGGAUCAGCUCUCUCUCUUCUUUAUGGGACAUCAGCCACGCUAGAACACCAUCAUUUCAACCAUGCUGUUAUGAUCCUGCAGAGCGAGGUAAACUUAAAGUUACCAUGA